AUGAAGAUUCACGAACAGUCUGAGUUCACGAUAUUUGCUAACCCCAUCGUCUCUAGUGAUGAAUCCAGCGUGCUAUAUGAUACCUUCGCUACAUUCACGGAGAACGCGGCAACGUAUAAUUACACCUUAUUAGAUGGCGCCUCUUACGUCUCUCAUCAGCUCUUGGACGACAAAUCUUCGAACCCGGUGGUGGAAUGUGCGAGCUCAGAUAUCAUACCGCCGAUAAACUCCAUCGUAUCAGCGCUAAAUGACGCUAUCGCGGUCUCAAGUAUUUCAACAAGCAACGGAAAGUCUAUCGAAUGUGUGAGUGGAAAUUCAUUCAAAGUUACGUGGAAUGGAGUUGACUUCGGGUUGUGCUUUUCGGGUUCGUCGGGCUUUACGGUGUAUGGCAGUGACGUGGACGUCGUGGUGAAGUAUGAGAAGGAAAAAAUAAUUAUUAACGCUCCGCAAAUGCAAGGAAAAUGUGCGAGAACGAUCUCUUCGAGCUCAGUGACGUCAAUUGGAAAGUCUCUACUCACAGGCGAGUCAUUGACCUCAUGGGACGCAAGAAAACUGGAACCUGCGUUUGGUUUCGAAUUUACGCUGAGUGAAACAAUAUGCGGAUGUAAAUCCACGCCUCGCCCAUGUGUGUUUGUUCAUGGCUUAGGGGCAUUUAAAGAGGAAAAGCACAACCUUGAUGUGGACCCUUAUUGGGGAAAUUUAACGAACCAUGCGCCAUGCUGCUCGUCAAUGAAGUACGUGAGGCUCGAAACGAUGAACACUUCAUGGACUGACACCAGUCAACAGCGAAAAGUAUGCAACCACUUGCUUGCAGUGAACGAAAACAACCAGAACUCUACUAUCUCGGACACGAUUAUCGUAACGCACUCAAUGGGAGGACUUUUAGUCGCAGCAGCGCUGGCAAGUAAGAAAUGCCAUGUUGAUUCCAGCACUAGUUGGGUAGCAAUUGAGUCUCCGAUGAGAGGAAGUAUGUCCUCCGAUUAUUUCCAGGAUUCCUGCAAGGACAACACCAACAUUGUCAUGGAAUCGCUUAUCGAAUACACUGGCUUAUGCCCGGGAGGCGACGGCAUUCGGUCACUAGCGUAUCAAGGCGAGAAAUACAGCUCCAAGAAGUUGGACGCCGUGUAUAAGGCUGCGCAGAAAGUGUAUCGGACUCACGUCACUGCCGCAAUGUGCAGCGAUGGAAACACUGGACUGCGAUCGAACAGACAAGCAGUCUACUGGGUUCUUGGUCGCACAAUGAAGCACAAGUCUUCCAAGAAUGACGGCAUUGUCGAGUUCCAUAGCUGUGCGGGCGGAUUUCCCGAAUCCAAGUUCGGCAACACUUACCACGAUCAAUUCUACGUGACGAAACUCAACCAUGCAGACGCUGCGUUCCGGAACGGCGAUGCACUUAUAAACACGGAGAAAAUGCCACUAAAGUGGUUCGAGUGCCUACUCUAA